UGCCAUAAGCAAGCAUUGUGCCCACAUCCCAGCCAGAGCCUCAGGACUCCCCAGCUUGUCUCAGAGCUCUCCAUUCUACAAUCCCCAAAUCCAUACACAUCUGUAUGGGCACAGGUUUAGUGAUGGGGUCAAAUAAAUCCCAGCUAGGUACGCCAACUUCUUGAGCACCUGCAUGGAGGAAUCUCUCCUAUUCUCCAGAGGCAGAUGUCUAGCUGACUCUAACAGGCUCCUCUGUUUUGCAGACUUGCAGAAUGAAUUCUUGAACAUCAGCUUCAUUCACAAGACCCUGCAAUCAGCCAAAAUGUCUUAGAGAGCUGCAGGAAUUGCCCCUGAUGGUGUGGUCUUAUUACUCGUGGUUGUGGCUUGCUUUCUUUAUCCUGUGACUUUAUAGGAAACUAUCUCCAAUGUUUUUUGUUUCCUCUUACAAAGCAUUUCUGAGAUGUUUUGUAUGCAUUUUAUAUUACUGACUAAGUAAGAGUCCUGGGCAAUUCUUAGUGCCCCUUCCCUGCAUGCCUACACACCAAACGUAUCCUGAUUUUACUAGACAGGUUUAUAUUGCUCUUGAUGCUUCAGAUUUUUCUAAUAAAAUAAAGGUGUUGUAAACAAAUCUGUGUACACGUAGUGUGCUCCUGUGAAAGCCAGGCUUGGGUAAAGCCAGCCCCAUACAGCUGCUGGAGAAGUGCUUAUCUCUGCAGAAAGAUCCAGUGCAAAGCAGAGGUGAUGGGUUUGCAUGGGGCACAGGUACUAAAGGUGUGCUGGGCUCAGGGGAAGGAUAGAGGUGUCUCAGCAGCUCCAAACUCCAACCAGAAACAGAAGAAACCUUCCCUGUGAGAAUCAUAGAAUUGGAAUCAUUGAAUUAUUCAGGUUGGAAAAGACCUCCCAGGUCACCCAGUCCAACCCCAGCCCACCCCACCAUGCCCACUGACCACAUCACUCAGUUCCACAUCCCCACGGUUGUGGAACACCUCCAGGAACAGUGCAGGUGCUUGCAUCAGCAUUUGCACAGCGCAGAACUUGCUCCAAUGUGCAAGAAUGUUGUCACUGCUGUGAGCAGGUACAGCCACUGAGACCAGGGCACAAGGGAAACUGGCUCAGCCCAAAGGGGCGGUGCAUGGCACGGGCAGGGCUUUGUGUGUAAGCAUUUCUUUCUCUAUUCUUGAGAGGCAAGCAAGAGGAAGGUGAAGGCAAGGUUGCAAAAUUCGAUUUCCUUGUUGCUUGUGGAUGACUCCAUAGACAAGCCUUUGGCCACCUCUCUCCUGUCUGUACGCUCCUGGAGGUUGGAAGUCUUUGCAGAGCACAGGUGGCUCUGGGAGCACAGAGCUGGUUGUAACUUAGCACAUCCUGGUGGUGGAAAGACUAUGGAGGGGUCCCAUGGAAAGGCAGAUCCUAAUGCUCCCUUCAGUGCAGAUGGGGACAGUGCAGCUGUGAUUCCUCGGAAGCAACCACGCUUGCAGCUGUCUUUCCAGCAGGAGGAACAGAAGACUCUCAGGAACUAUGAGAAUAUUGAGAGCAAGGCCAGAAAAAUUCUGAGCACCUCCUGUCAGAAGAUGACCCAUGUCUUUCUGCUGGAAGACAUGCCUGGGCACCUGGCCUAUCUCCAGGACCGCCUCACCACUCUCAACUCCGGGCCUGCCUUGGAACCCCUCUACAUUGGGCUCUUUGGGAGCAGCGGGGCAGGGAAGAGCACUCUGCUCAACACCAUCCUGGGGAAACGCUUCUUCCUCCCGGUGUCAGGGACCCGCACGUGUACGUCCUGCCAGGUCCAUGUCAGUGUCUGCAGGAGCAAGCAUUAUGAAGCCAAGAUUUUUCUCCUCUCGGAUGAGGAGUGGAAGGAGGAGGUGAAGAACCUGGUCAUGCUCCUGGAAAACAGACAUGAGAACAGUGAGAUUGAUGGCGAUCUGGAGCAUGCCAUCAAAGUGCUGACGGCUAUCUAUGGGGAAGGAGCAGAUGAAAAGUCUUAUGAAGACCUCAUGAGAUCCAAGCCUGUGAUCACUAUUCCUCCUUCGAGAGUUAUCACUCUGAGAAAGACAGAGGCAGAAGACCUCUCCAAUGAGCUGGAUCCAUACAUCCGUAACCAGGAUGGCCUUGAGGGGGUCGAGUUGAUGGGCAGCCCCCAGUGCAGCGAGCAGAUGCGGCUCUGGCCCCUCAUCAAGCAGGUGCAAGUGACACUCCCCCCAUCUGACCUGGUGCCUGAAGGUGUCAUCUUUGUGGACAUCCCAGGGACAGGUGAUGCCAACAAGAAGAGGGAUGAGAUGUGGAAAGAGAGCAUCUUGCAGUGCACAUCCGUAUGGAUCGUUGCUGAUGUUGAACGUGUUUUUGGGGCUAAAGCACAUGAAAUCAUGGUGCAAGAGGCAAUUAAAGCUUAAGGCAAUAAGCAGGUCGGCAAGUGCAGCGAUAUCACCUUUGUGAUCACCAAGAUGGAUAAGAUUAAUGUGGACGAGUACUUGAGGAGCCACCCAGAGGUUUCAAGGGAUGUAAGCAAGCGUGAAGCCAUUUUGGGGAUGAAACAAGACCUGAAAGCAAGAAAGACCAGAACACUAAGGGAGAGGAUGAAGAGGAAUCUACCCAGUGAUGCAGAGGUCCUGCAAAAGCAGGAGCUGGUUUUCCCUGUCAGUGCCCAGGAGUUUUGGAACCCCACAGUCCUCAGGAAGAAGGAUACAGAAAUCGUCGAGCUGAGAGCCCAUAUCAGGAGGCUCUACCUGGACACAAAACGAAGUCAGUUACAAGAUUACAUGGAAGAAAUCCUUGUUGUCUUCUCUCUGGUGGAUGUUUAUCAUUCCACACACCUCAGCCCGAAUCCGUGUGUGAAUAAGGAAGAGCUCAACAUGUUCAUGUCAGAGAAGAUCCAGUCUCUGAAGAAUUCGACUGAGGUCACUUUUAGGCACAUGGAUGAGCCUCUCACCCGUGGGGUGAAGUCUGCCCAAACCAAGUAUAAGAGAAACAUUGAGAAGGUCUUCAUGCAAGGCAAAACGUCCUCUGGCUUCCACAGGACCCUGAAAGCUGUGUGUGUGAGGAAGGGAGUGUAUGUGUCCCGUGUGUUCAAUCGCAUAGACAUCAACAACUGCCUGGCUGAGCCCAUCUAUGCAGAAAUUGGGGCGAUGUUUGCAAACAUAUUCAGAAAACAGGCAUUCACAAGGAUCAGCCUGCAGACCUCAAUCAAUGAGUUCAGCAAGGAGGUAAAAGACAAAUUUAUGGACUUUGGGAAGGUUACAAACAUGAACAGGUCCAAGCUCAACUUUCUCAAGCAAGAGACCGACAUCAUCAUGAGAGCUAUAGAUAGAGAAAUUCUUUUGAAGAAGAAGGCUAUCUAUGAAUCUCUUGAGUUGACCAUCCAAACCAUCCUGUCGCCGUGUUAUGAAGAGGCUGCGAAUAUACGUGGGAAGGAUACCUGUGCGCGAAUCAAAGCCACGCUGGUGCAGAACAUUGAGCUGGAGGUGCGGAAGGAGAUGUUUGAAAAAGCAAAGGAGAAGAUGAUGAGUCAGUUCCAGGAUCUGACGGAGCAGAUCACCACCAAGCUCAGCAAGGACUUCCUCAGCAUGCUGGGCGUCGCGUUCUGCCAGAACGACCAGCUGAUGGACGCACUGCCGGAUUUUCAGGGGGAAUGCCAAGAAAUCCAGAAUUUGCUGAGAACGCUGAAACAACUGGAAUGACCAGAAAGGUCCUGCGAGAAGAAGCUCUCUUCCCAAUUUUCUUUUAGCUUUUUUUAUGUUUAUUGCUUUUUAAUCUGUUCAUUGCUUUUCUAUGGUGGCCAGCUUGCAAGGGGGGAUUUAAAGAGAGUUAAGGGUUCAAUGGAGCUCUUAAGGAUCCAGGAAGGUGUGGCUUUCCUUUGGGUCCAUGGCAAAUCCCAGCCCUCCUUGGGCUUUCCCCCUUGCUGGCCUUGGUGCUUGCUGGAGGUGCCACCACAUGUGGACAUGUGUCAGGGAAUAGAUCCACUGAUUACCUGUAUGUGAUUGAUUGCAUUUGUAUGGAACAUUCAUUGUAGGUCAGGUGUCAUUUUUUUUUGUACUUAUUUUUUUUUUACAGAGGUGAAUGCCUUCUCCCAUUGCCUUUCGGUUCUCAGGUAGAAGCCAGCAGAGGCAGACUGAUGUCUACCUGAGGCACCGCUGCAGCCGUGCACACGGAAACAGGCUGUGUGGUGCACAGAGAUGCCCACCAAAGGGCAACUCUGCUGGAAGUUCUUUGCCUGAGAUCUAAUAAAACAUGUAAUACAAUAAAAG